AUGAUCUCUUCGACGCCGACAACACUCAGUCGGAUUCCGACACGAGCACCGCCCAAGUCCAAACGCCGUCAGCAGCGGUACCGCGACCAGAAGCGCGAGCACCUCGAACACCUCGAGAACGACGUCCAACAGCUGCAUCGCACCAUCGCACGCUGCGAGGGCCAGCUCGAGGUCUUGCGCGUCUCCGUGUGUUCGCACGACGGAGCGCUCCACACUGCAGCCGAGUUCUUCUCGCUUUUUCGCCACGGAUACCACGUCCCGCGACCGCACUUGAAGCAGCGACAAGACGCGUUUCUACGCAGCGUGAUGCGGCCCGACUUGGUCAUUAUGAACGAGAGAGGCCUCGAGAAGCUUUUCGCCCAGUGGCAGGCGUACUAUCAGCUCUUUCCGUGCUUUGAGAUGGUGACGCCGGCGCUCGACGUGCUCGUGUGCGACGAGACGCGUCUCGUGCGCGCACCUGCGACGCUGCAUCUGCGUCUCUCUCGCUACGCCCUCGAGAGUCUCUGUCCACACGUCUUGCAGAACGAACGGCUCGUCCAGCGCUUGGUGGGUCAAGUGCUCUCGAUGCCAACGAUGAUCCAUUUCCAUUUUCAAGACGACGGGACGAUCGGCCAGAUGGACACGUCGACCAAUAUCGUGGCGGCGCUCAUCGGUCUUUUGGGCAGCACCGAGGAGGCGCUUGCCGUGUCGGACGGUGCGCAGAUCAAGGCAAAUGGCGAGCUGCCGAUGCUGUAG